UGCUGCUGCUUGCUACGCAUUGGCAAGCAGAGUCGAAGCACCAAAACCCCCAUUCCUCCGGCGGCGCCGAUCAUGGCCACCCACCGCGCCGCCGCCGUCGCCGUCUGCCGCCGCCUUCUCAGCUCCUCCUCCUCCGCCCACUCUCGCCUCCUCGGCCACUUCCACCAUCCCGGGAUGACGAAGGACGCCGCCGGCAUCAUGUACCCGACCCGCACCGAGCCAGGCAUCCGGUUCGAGCCCCUCGCCGCCUCCUUCCCGCGCCUCUCCCUCGAAUUCCUCCCCGUCGACGUCCCCUUCGGCUUCACCCUCGCUGACUCCUACCGCGGCCUCCUCCUCCUCCGCCAGCCGACCCUCGACGGCGCCCCCAAUUUCCUCGUCUGCGACCCCGUCUCCCGCCGCCACUCGCUGCUCCCGCCGCUCCCGGCCACCGCGACGACGGACGGCGGCACGUUCUUUGCCCCCGCGAUCCUCUCCCGCGCCGCCGGCCGCCGCUUCGAGUUCGACGCCGUCUGCGCUACCGUCGACGCCGAACGCCCGCGCGCCUGGGUCGCGUCGUUCCGCGACAACGGCUGCAGCUGGCGCGCGCUGUCGUCGUGCGGGGAGGUCAAGAUCGAGUUCGAUCCCUUCUGGCUGGAGCAGCGCUGCGUGCACGCCGCCGGCAGCAUUUACUGGCACAUCUGCGGCUGCCAAUACGCGCUGGCGCUGGACGCGGCCACCAAGGCGUUCUCCCUCAUGCGGGUGCCGGACUUCAUCUGGGAGGACCUCGGCCACCCCAAGUACCGCGUCGGGGAGACGCCGGAUGGGCGCCUCUGCGUUGCUACUGUGGAGCAUAAGGUUCUGCGGCUCUGUGUGCGGGCCUUGCGGGGGACGGGAAGCCACGAUGGUUGGGUGCUGGAGAGGGAGAUGUGCCUGCGCAACGUGCUCAACGCCGUGCCUGGCCUGCCGGAGCACCCGCUUCGUAAGUCCCACUUCUCCUACUGGAUCAGUGACAUCGACCCGGGGCGCACUGGGAGGGUGUUCAUCAGGACCAUGGGAUGCGGGCGCUUCUCCUGCCAUAUGGACACCGGCAAGCUGGACUCUCUAUUGACGGACGAUGGCCUAGAGUACGGGGACCCAAUCUUGGCCUACUUCGCGGCUCCAAAUGGAGGCUCAGACUAAGCUUUGGAUAAUCUGAGUGUAGUGACUACUGGGACGACAUGUUGCAUUUAAGCAUCGCUGCUUCACUAGCAUCACGCGGCCUUCAUUCAGCAUUAAGCACAGUGACCUCUUGGUUUUUUUUCUUUGUUUUGAGUGCAGCAAUAUAAUGCUAAAAUGGAAUCUACCAAGUUCUAUAAGCAUACUUUAGACUGGUGUAAAUUCAGGAAAGAGUAGUUGUGUAGUAAUCUGCUACUGUUUGUAGGUUUCACAAAUGAAAAUUUGACACCAUUCUGA